AUGGAGCACCCCGACAUUGUCAGCCAUGACUCUGAUGGCUCGGGCUCCUCAGAUGAAUUCCCUCAGUACCCCUUGAUCGAGAAUCAGGCCUUCGGAGAUACCUUCGGAGGACAGAUCCCAACUCCCGCGACCACGAUCACCUCGUCCCCUCCGCAAUCGUCCCUGCCUCCAUGGCCCAAUAACUCGACCACCCGGCCCCGUGGCGCUAGUGUUGGGGCUUCUUCUGUACUCGACAAGUCCGAUGGUCUUGCGAUGGCGGCUGAUCCACGUCUACAACGCCCAUCCGGCCCGGCAAGAACGCCAUCCAACACAUACGCGCCGCAACGGCGGCCACCGCAAUAUAUCAGUCUCCAGAACGACCGUCAACGAUCAUCCUCCACUAAGCGCGGGCCACGAAGAGAUCCGAACGCCCAGUAUCGAGCACAGGAAAAAGCCUAUGUGCAACGGAUACGUGCCAACCCUCAAGCCUGGCACCAUCACUUCAAUGACGCGCAAUCAAACAGCAUGCUUGUCGCUGACGCUGAUCUCGAGGACCCGUCCCCAUCCUCUGAGGCGCCGUUUGAUGACGACGCUUACGACCCGGAUACGCAGCUGUUCCUCCCUGAUGAUAAUCUUCCUACCACAGAGGAACUCCGCCACCCGAAAAAUCAAGAACGAUUAGAAUGGCAUUCGAUGCUGGCAUCUGUCUUGAAAGGUGACGUUAUCAAACAGGAGAAGAUCCGGUUGCUAGGCUCUUCAGAAGGAAAGCGAACAGCCGAUUUGAGCCAGGCACUUUGGGCGGGCGUGAGAGCCAGGACGUGUGGACGAAGUCUCGCUCUUCAGUGGAAGCUCAUCGAAGAUGGCCGCCGUCAGCUGGGUCCUAUGAUCGAAAGCAUCAUCAACUUCCAGAUCAAAGGCGAAACAGAAAUCGGCAAGCCGCCUGGGCAACAGGUAGAAGAUAUCGUGGCCACUAUUGAGCGCUGCGAGUCCCUUUACUCCAGUUAUAGGGAGCUGGAGUCUGCCAAUCCGCGUGCAGCGUCAGAGGAGUUCCGUUCGAGUUGUGAGGCGAUAUUCGCGUGGCACAAUAUUACCGCUCUUAUUAGUACUGAGCUAGCUGUGCUCCAGAACUGGGUCGGUAACGAGGCUCUGGAUUUUAGCCAGCCCAGAGAAAACUCCGACCGGAGUGAUUUAUCUGAUGAUACAUCAUUCCUGGAUCGGAUCAUGAAAGAGGACGGCUUGAAGACUCUACAAAGUGAAGUCGGCGAUGACCGUGGAGGUAGCAUGCUUAUAGGUAUUGGUGAGGUGAUCCGUAAGGCGAAAAGCACCCUCAUCGAAAACUCCGAGGCUUUUGCUACCAGGCACCUGCCGCCAUACAUCGAGGAGCUUCUGAUUCUGAUCAACUUCCCAUCGCGUCUGAUCCAAGAGAUUAUCCGAGUUCGUCUGUCCUACGCUAAGAACAUGAAGGAUCCCGCGCAACAGUCUUCUAUCCUGUUGGAUCAGAUGAUCACCCAGUUUCAAAUUCUGAUGCGAGUUGCUGUCGAGAUCAAACAACGCUAUCUCGUUAUUUCGAUGCCCGAGCCUGGCUGGGAUCUACCGCCUUGCGUUGACGAGAACUUCGAUUCCGUCGUUUUGGAUGCGAUGAAGUACUACUUCAGACUUUUAAACUGGAAACUGAAUGCCAACAAGAAUACAUUCAAAGAGGCUGAGAUCCUGGAGCAGGAAUGGGAAUAUUCCUAUGAGAUCGGCAGACAGCUUGAAAGCGGUGAUAUUGAGGUGGCGGAGCAGUUCAGUGCUUUGACUGCCAAAUCUUUGCAACGACUCACGAUCCAUUUCGAACGCGAACUAGUUCCAAGAGCCAAUGAGACGGUCGCCGAUAUGGACAAACGAUACAAGAGCAUAUUGGACUCAACGCGAAUUCGCCAACGGAAGCUUUAUCGAUUCUCGAGAUUCUUAUGCCAGUUGUUUGAAAACGCCACCGAGUACAACUUUACUACUGACAUCGCAUACGAGUUCUUUGAGGCCCUUCUGAUCUCAGACCACUUCCUCGUCACGUCGCCCAACUCGAUUGGACAAAAGGGCGUCUACUUGAUUGCCCACCCCUCCCUUUGGAACCGCCCUACCGAUAUACAAGCCAUCUUGGCAACCUCCUUCCGAGAAGACGAUGUCGACCAAGAGAACCCUCUCAUUCCAUAUGUUCUCGUCAUUCGUCCCGAGAAGCCUCUCGCCUGGGCCGGAAAGGAGAUGCAGGUGAAAAUAAUUGAACAGCCCACUGACAUCCGACUUGGGAAAUUACGGCUCGUGGUUGAAGGCAUGCAGGACCGUCUACAGAAUGCACGUGCUGAGCUGGCCCAUCUUACCGGCAUCCAACUCGACAUGGCGAUUGAGCAGCGUGCCAAUCUUGGCCGGGUCAAUGUCGAGUUGAACAAGAUCAAGAAGAUCUCUUUCAAACUGUCUAUGGCAAUCAUGGAUAGUGUGGCUGUCAUUAAAAACCAGUUGCGUGAGACGACAUGGGAGAACAAUGACCUCGUCCAAGCUUGUUAUGCAUUUGCCACUGAAUUCGGUAAACGGUCCUCCAACUAUGUCGAUGCGAACAGGCGUUCUAUGAACAGCGCUCGCUUGGUCGAACUUGCACUUGAUUGGGUCUCUUUCAUCUGUGAUGAUUGUGAUGCUGCUGAUAGGAAGACCUUCAAAUGGGCGGUCGCUGCGCUUGAGUUUGCAAUGGCCAUUACAUCUAGCCGGCAUCUGCUUUCGCUGGAUGCAGAGCAAUUCAGUCAGUUGAGACUGAAGGUUGCAGGUUGCAUGUCGCUUCUCAUCUCUCAUUUCGAUAUUAUGGGUGCUCGUUCUUCGCUCGCAGCCCAGGCAGAGAAACAACGCAUGGAAGAGAGGGCAGGUGCCCGAAAGCUUGGUUCCGGUCGUGUUCUAAGCGACGAAGAGGCCUCUAGGCUCGUUCGCGAGACUCGGCACGCUAAGGUGAUGGAGAUUGAAGAGGCACGAGUGGAAGAAGAUGGCAAGCGACGGGCCCUAGCCGAGUUUUGGAAGGAUCGAAUGAAGCGGAUCGGUCCUUGA